ACUGCGGCCUUCCAAAAAUCCAGUGGCCAUCAUCAUCUAUAUAUAUAUAUAGUCCAUAAUAAUAACAAUAAUCCACAUAUAUUUAUAUACAACCCACUUUCACAAAAUUUCAAACUCCGUAUAGUAUAAGGUUUGUAACAAUGAGAAUGAGUUGUAAUGGUUGUCGAGUCCUUCGUAAAGGAUGUAGUGAUGAUUGUUCGAUUAGACCUUGUUUACAAUGGAUUAAAUCCCCUGAAUCUCAAGCCAAUGCCACCGUUUUUCUAGCCAAGUUUUAUGGCCGUGCUGGACUCAUGAACUUGGUCAACUCUGGUCCUGAUCACCUUCGACCUGCUGUAUUUAGGUCGCUAUUGUAUGAGGCAUGUGGUCGGAUAGUGAAUCCGAUAUACGGUUCGGUCGGGUUAUUAUGGUCGGGUAAAUGGCAGUUAUGUCAGAAUGCAGUCGAAGCAGUAUUAAACGGAUCUCCCAUAAUCCAAGUAGCAUCCGACCCGGAUGAGAUAAACAACGGGCCGCCGUUGAAAGCUUACGAUAUUCGACAUAUAAGUAAAGAUGAUAACAACAACGUUAAUAAUGAUCUUCAUCGGAUCAGGACACGCUGUCGUUUUAAAAAAUCAGGAAAUAAAGUGAAGAAAGCUAAUAAAUGUAAUAAUAAUAAUAAAAACAACCCGGUAUGGGUCGGGUCGUGUGAUGAAGAAUCGGGUCGAGAUGAGGUUACUGAUCAUAACAGGGCGGGUAGUCAUGAUGAUGGGAGUACGGUGAGUCAUCAGUCGGAAGGGGCGGCGGUGGCGGCGCCGGCGGCGGCGCCGGCGGCGGCGCGUGUAGUGGAGGUGGAUGGGGAGAGUUGUGGCACGGCGGAGGUGAGUUUGGUGACGGCGGUUGUUCCGGUAAAAGCGGAGAUGGAUGACGUGGAGGAUGAGAGUGAUGAUAUUGGACUUGAGUUAAGACUUGGGUUCGGGUCUGAGACGGUUUACCGGUGCCGGAAUGUUGAAAAAGGUGGAAAUAUGGCCGCCGGCGCCGGAAUGUGUGAUGAAGCCGGAAUGUGUAGAAUUGGUCUCGGAUUGGAUUGUGAGUAUCAAGUGUGA